AGUGCCCCGCCGGUCGGCGGAUCGGGAACGGCCGAGAGCAACAUGGCGGCUACGGCAGGAGGAGCCGCGGCAGCAGCCGUGUCACGGGCGCCGCCCGCUCGGCGGCCCGGCCUGGGCCUGGGUCUCGGCCGCCCUCCGCGCUCGGCGCCGCGCGGCCCCCGCGAGCGGCCGUCGAGCCCGUGGGAGCUGGUGAGGCCCUCGGUGACGGAGCUCUCGCGGGCCGUCAGGAGCAACAUCCUGUGCACGGUGCCCGGCUGCGGCAAAGUGCUGCCCAACCCGCCGGCGCUGAGCAUGCACCUCAGCAAGGCCCACGGCGUGCAGCAGCAGCAGGUAAGCGGCGGCGGCGGCGGCGCCCUCCCCUCCCCCGCUCCUCCAGGGACCGAGCGCCUUCCCUCUCCCUCCAGAGGCGCGCCAGAGAGAGGUUUCACUUCAGCCCCACUUUUUAGCAUUCGGUUUCGUUAUAAGCUUCCCAGGUAACAAUGUACUACUGAUGGGUAGCUAUCAGAAUUCAAUUAUUUUCAUUGAUGGCAGCUAUCUGAAUUCAAAUGUUAAUCUUAAUAAUCACUCCCUUCAAGCAUCGGUUUGUUCACAACGUUCCCAAGUCGUAGUUAUUGAUGGGUAGCUGACAAAAUUCAAUUAUUAAUUAUAAUAUUCAGCCCCUCCUCGUACCCCAGGCAAUAAUUAUUAACUGGUAGCUAUAGACAUUCAUUUAUUAAUAAUAAUCACAGCAACAAAAGCCCUUUUCCUAUUCUCCGCACCCCACCCCCUUUUGGUUGAUUUACCUCAGAUACCCCUUUCCCCUCCCUCCCUCCAGUGGCAUUCUUAAUAUCUUUUUAAUGCUCUGUUGUUGUUGUGAGCCACUUUGAGCUCAUUUUCUUUGCUUGAAAAGUGGUAUGCCAGUACAAUGUUAAAUCAAACCUCAGAGACUCCCUUUCCCACUCACAAUUACUUCUUAGCUUUAUUUAAAGGUUUCAGGCAUAUCUAGCAAAGCUGCCAGGAUGCCAUACAAUCAUGGUAAUAAAAUACCUUUUUUAAAAAAGCAAAUGUUAGGGAGGGCCCAUAGCUAAAGUGAUGCACAUCCUUUGCAUGCAUAAAGCUCCAGGUUUAGUCUUGGGACAAGAUUCAAUUUCUGCUAGUUGUGGCAGAUGAUACUGGGCUGGAUGAACCAUUUGAUCAGAUUUGGUGUGAGGUAGCUUCCUAGUUGCUCAUGUAGAAGAUUCCUUGUUCAAUACUCGCACCUCCAGUUAAAAGUAUCUUAUUGGGAAAUAAUUAUCCUUGAGAUCCGAGAGACCUGUGGCCAGUCAACAUAGAAAAUACUGAAUUAGAUAACCAUUGGUGUAAGACUGGGAGUAGCCAACAUGGUGCCCUCUAGACAUUUUAGACUACAGCUGCCACCAUCAGCCCCAGCCAUCAUGGCCAGUGAUCAGAUAUUAUGGGGGGAUCGUAGUCCAUAACAACUGGUGGCCACCACAUUGCCAUUCCUGAUCUAAAUCAUAUGAAUAUGGUGUAUGAAAGUGCCAUACUGUACUGUGUCCUUUGAGUCAGUAUAAUGGGCUGUAUCCAAGGUUAGUUCUACUCAGAGAAGACCCAUGGAAACCCAACCCACUGUAACCUCAUUUCAUAUGCUUUGAAUGUAGAAGGUUUCAGGUUCAAUCAUCAGUAUCUCCAAAUGUUGGGAGUAUAGUCAGACUAUACUCAGCCUGAAAUAAGUUAGUGAGGGUCUUAUAGGGGGGAGGCAAAACACUGGGUUUAUUGAAAUCAAAGUUAGAGAGGUCUCAUACACUCACAAACACUCUGUGAUGGAGUGGGGUUUGUGGUGGAAGCUUUACACUGCAGAGAUCUUGCCCUUCCCCAAUUGGUUCUGUCCCUCUAAUACCUUUUAUCCCUCAAUAACUUGAUCAUCUGAGCCUCUUUGUCUGUUCACUUAGUACUUCCCAAAAUUCUCUAGUUCGUAACUUGGUUGAUUGGCAUCAUAAUUGCAAGUAACUUUGGCAUUAUCAGGAUGUUUUCUGUUCUUCCUGGGGAAGACUGGGUACCAGCUAUCCCUGGAAUGUUAUUUUCCUCUCAUGCUUCUGGAAUUUCUGUUAAUCAUAGGUUAGCCUGUGACUUCCAAGGACUGUGGCUCUUAUUGUGGAUUCUUAACUCUGUAGCUUCAUGAUGAUUCUGUAGAGGCAGAAUUCUAAUGCUUUGUUCAUUUGUGAUACUCAGCAGUUCAGCUCAGCUGCCAUCCUACUUCCUUUCCUUUAGUAAUUUUUCAGCAGAAAGUAUCCAUUCUAACCAUUCAUUCACAGAGUUGCAAUACAUACCGUAAUUGGUAACCAUCCACAACACAUUCUGCUUGACCUAGAACAAUGUGUAAUAUAAGUGCAGUGGUACCUCGGGCUAAGUACUUAAUUCGUUCCGGAGGUCCGUUCUUAACCUGAAACUGUUCUUAACCUGAAGCACCACUUUAGCUAAUGGGGCCUCCUGCUGCCGCCACGCCGCCGAAGCACGAUUUCUGUUCUCAUCCUGAAGCAAAGUACUAUUUCUGGGUUAGCAGAGUCUGUAACCUGAAGCGUAUGUAACCUGAGGUACCACUGUACUCAUAGUUCUAAAGCACUAUCAGGUAUCUUACUGUCUACUGUAAUAUUGGCACUAAAAUACAGAAUACCAUUUUGAGAAAACUCUUUGUUGGUUGGAGCAAAAAUAAGUCUGAAAAGAUAUCUCUGAGGUAAAAGCCCAACAUGCCAUUAUGUCACCCUGGGAUAUGUAAAGGGAUGAGGAGACAUUACAAGGAGUCCAAGUAGGACCUGUUGCAAUAUUAUUGUCACAUUACUUCAAAAUCUUAAUUAAGUCAGUACUUUCCAAACAAAGUAUCUGGCUGCGAGAUGGAGGACAUUGUUUUAGAAACACUCGUUUUGCUCUAAAUAGCUACAGCUUCCCACCAGAGGUUUUAUCAAGCACUUCUGGAAGGGAUUUGGAGGAAGCCGCCAGCCACUUCCCAUUAAAGGUCACAUUUCAAAUUUGGAAAGAGAUUAAAACUUAAAUAAUAUUAUCAACAAAGUACAAUCAGAAGCAGGAACCCAACCAUAAAGGCAGUAGCAAAGAUGUGAGUACUUCAUUUAAAUACCAGGAUUUUGAAAACAGCACCAUGGGCUUGGGCACAAAGCUCAUUUUCAAGUUAAACACAAGAGAAGAGAAAGUUACAGGAGAAAAGAAAGAUUAGCGGUAGGGAUUCUGGCUUUGGUGAGAGGAGGUUUCCUUGCUUAGCCUGAAAUACACAGAGCAGCUGAAGGACUUAACCUGAGGUACCACUGUAUAUGGAAAUCUGUAUACCCUUGUGAGUGAGUUUUGAAGUGAGACUUGCAUUGUAUAUGGGGAAACUGAGCUCUGUAAAAUUAACAGGAAGACUCCAGUCACUGGGUCUGUGAGCCAGUUUUAAGUCACCACUCAUCCAUGGAUCUCACUAGGUGACCUUGAGGCAGUCAUUAUUCUUCAGCCUAACAUACUUCAUGUAGUAGUUGUGAAGAUAAAAUGGAUGGGUGGAAGCCUGAGAUGAAAAAUGUAAUAAAUAAAUGCUGGCAGCUUUUUGUUGUUUUUAAAGAUUCUUUUGCUUAAAGAUGGAAAAUAUUUUUUCAUUCCUAGGGAUUUAUAUAUGCUACCACUGCUGUUUAUUAACAGAAGGGUAGGGAGGGCCUGAAGAGUAGAGAGAGUCUUCCUGCAUUCUUCAGGACUGAAUCGUUGCAUUUCAGGUUUUAGCAUCUCUAGGCUGUUCUCUCACACUUUCCCCACUCCUUUUUGAAAGGGAAGAUAAAAAGAAGAUAGAGAAGAGGUUGGGCACCGAUGAUGAAACUUAGACUCCAGCCAGUCUGAGCAUGUAUCUAAUUCAGCUGGUUUGGAAAGCCUUGGAUUACGAAUGCUUGGGGACCUUAAUGUAUAAAGAGAAUGCCACACUUUAAAAAGCCUUUAAAAGUUCUGCAGUCCAAAUUUUACACCAAGGAAAGCUGUCUCUUUGUAUUAAUUGAACCACACCCAUAUACUUCUGCAAUCAAACUAUUUUGUAAUGUUGGGCACUGAAUCCCUGUCCCCAAACUACUGGAAUUAUGCCCUAUCUCAAAGCUACUGGAAAUCCUACUGAUUUCCUUCUGGCUUGUGAGAUUUUAGGAGCCAUAUCCACGCAUAUUUCAAGCAAAUCUUUCCAACCAGAAGUGCCAGAAACUUUGCGUUUUUUAAUAUAAUAUUAUAGGAAAUAAUACGCUCAUUAUUCUGUGUUUUUGUCCAUGCUUGCUCUGAAUCACAGUAUGCUCAAAAACCUGCUCAAGUUCAGCUAUGGAGAGACUGGAGCAAUCAGUGGUUCCUUGAUCUGGUUCAUGGCUCUGACAUCACAAGUUAUUGGUAUAGCACUAGUCUCCUUAGCUUCAGUUUGUUUUGAAUUUAAUAUUACACUCUCUUGCUGUGAGGUGUUUGGUUCUAAAUUGGUUGGUCUAAAAGUUCAGCAUAAUGUUUUCUGCAAAAUGUUUCUGUUUCCUAAGUGACAGUGUUCACUCAAUCAUAUCUUCAUGGUUUAACAAGCCCAGAUGUGAAUAAGCCUUGUGUCCAUACACACCCUUCCCUCCCUCCUUGGUGCCCCAAAAUUAACCCCAGAAUUCUUCAUCUACUCUUAUUACACUAGCACUAGGAAACUGUUUGUCUCAGGUUUGGGACAUUUUCAAACCAUGGUUUAAAAUCCUGGGUGGUUGGGAACAUUGUAACUGUGUUACUGGGGCCUAUUGUUAAUUGAAAAUUGCCUUGCUUCUCACAGCGUGCCAAGGAAAAUGUGGCAGCAUGAGGAUAGCAUACCCUCCAACAUUUCUCCGAUGAAAAUAGGGACAUCCCAUUCCAUAAUGAUAAUUUUACUAUUUAUACCCCACACAUCUUACUGGGUUGCCUCAGCCACUCUGGGCAGCUUCCAACAUAUAUGAAAACAUAAUGAAACAUUAAAAAAACCUUCCCUAUACAGUAUUUGCCUUCAGACAGCUCAGGGGGUAGAUAACUCCAUCCCAUACCCUCCAACAUUUCUCCAGUGAAAACAGGGACAUCCUAAGGAAAAGCAGGACAUUCUGGGAUCAAAUCAGAAACCAGGACGGCUUCUCUAAAUCAGAGCACAUGAGAUAGAGCACAUGAGCAAAAGCCUUGUACAUACCUCUGCUUAUUUAGCCAGGAUUGACCCAAACUGGGUUAGUGAAUAAUCAACUACCUGUCACAUAAUCUAGGCAAUUAGAGUGAGCUGGGAUGUAAACUACCUAAAGUUUUUAUUCCAUAUAGGGAAUAACUGAAACAUGUACAGAAGUUUCAAGUGGAGAGUCUCUUCAGUAUGCAGGCAGGCAAAAUGCUGUAUAAAGACAAGCUUUAUUUGUAUUCCAGAUACUUCUGAACCCCAAACAUUAGAUACAAUUUAAUAAUAUUCUUCUCCUACAGGAUGGAAAAAUAAAUCCUUCAAUAAGGAAAGACUUGAAAACGCCACAGAAAUACUACUGCUGUCCUAUUGAAGGUUGCCCUAGAGGACCAGAAAGGCCUUUUUCACAAUUUUCUCUUGUAAGACAGGUAUGUAUUCUAACUACAUUAUUCAAUAAAUAGAACAAUAUAAUUUAUAUGGAACAUCUUAUUCAAGAGCCAUGCAUCUUUCUGAAUUGCAAGAUUUCUGUGUAAAUGUAAACCAUUAUAAUCAUAAUGGUAUACAUAUUGUCAGUUUCUAUUGUUUAUGGGAUCAGUGUGUUGGGAAAGAGCUCUCAUGGAACUAGGGAGCCUGCAGCAUCAUUGCACAGGUUUUAUACACGCUACUCUUUCGUUAGAAAAUUAAACUUACUAAAUGUGCUGAGAUAUGCCUUCAGUAGCUGACAGUGAAAGGAGCAAAUCGGAGGGUAAUUUUGCUGUAGAUUUCUGAGUAGUUAAUUCAAUUACUCCUUUGACUUAACUCUCUGUAAUAUGCCCUCUUUUCCCCAGAAGUACAUAACUGUGUAAAACUUAUAAUGGGCCUGUGUAGAUUAUUGAGAACCUUAACUGCUAACUUCAUGCAGGCUGAAUGUCAGAGGUCUGGAUCUUCUAAGAAAUGCAUUCUCUGAUUCUUAAUAUCUUUUGAAAGUUAAGCUAGUGGAAUUGUUGAAAGUCAGUUGAGUUGCAGCAAGGUAGCGCAUGUGGACUUUCAUUCCCAUGUUUUAAUCAUUUUCAGGAAUUCCAGAAAAAUCUUGAACCCCCUCUAUCAACUCCAGUCAGUCAUUUUAAAAUGCAUGAAAAUGCAUCAAAAACUAUGGAAAAUUCAGUUGUUGAAGGCAUGCUUAAAAGUGCCUUGUCUUGCAUAGACAAGGCUGGAACUUGAACAGCUUUGUGUCUCAAACAUAGUACCACUUUCUUUUGUUGGGGAAGGACCAUCGCUCAGUGACAGAGCACUGGCAUCUCCAGGUAGGGCUCAGAAAAAGACCAGUCUGAAAUCCUGAAGCUGCUGCCAGUCAGUGUAGACAAUACUGACCUAGAUGAACCAGUGCUGUCCAAGGCAGUUUCCUAUAACUUACCUAACUUCUGUUUCUAUAUUUCAGCAUUUUAUGAAAAUGCAUGCUGAAAAGAAGCAUAAAUGUGAUAAAUGCAGCAAUUCCUAUGGCACGAUAUGGGAUCUGAAGCGACAUAGUGAGGACUGUGGCAAGUCUUUCCAAUGUACUUGUGGAUGCCCCUAUGCUAGCAGGACAGCAUUAUUGUCUCAUAUUUAUAGGACACAGCAUGAGAUCCCUGUUGAACAUAGGUAAGAGCAACAUUUUUCCAUUGUUAACUGUUCCAUAUAUGUGCACAUAUAUUUGCCUUAAAACAUUGGAAGGGGGAGGAGUUCUAACACCAUUCUGUGAAGAUCAUUGCCACUGACAGCUUCCCUUAUCUUACCAACAAUUUUUUUUUAAGGAUAACUAAAGAGGCAUGGAUUUUUCCAGGCUUUUAUACAAUCAAUUAUUAUCCAACAUGCUGCCCACCACUAAAAGUGAUUCUGUUUGAACUAUCUAAGAAUUCAGAAUGCAUUUCCAUUCAAUGUGGGGAGGCAGGAUGCCUACUGCUUUUGAAGUCCUUUAUCAAAAUGCUUAAUGCACAGUAUUAUAGACUGUGUGGAAUUGCAGUGCAAGUUUUACUUUUAGGUCAGCAUUGUUGGCUGCUAAACUGCUGUAAGAUUAUGCUUUGGUUGAAUAGCCUAGGCACAGAGUUUAACUGUAACUCUGACUUAUUUACCCAGCAAUGCAGUUUUCUGCUUAACCUUACCUUACUUCAGUGUGUUACUAUUUUGAUUUCUCGAAGUAUGCUUUCAAAGCAAACAAUUCACAUUAUUCUAAAUUCUGUUAUAGAGAUGGUAAAAGUGGUGGGGUGGGAAAGAUUUGGAGGGAAUGAAAGAAUAUGUGCUUAUAGCUGUACCUAGUCAAAGAUUUUGUAAUAUUUACAGGGAUCCACCAAGUAAGAGAAGGAAAAUUGAAACCUCUGUAUCCAAUCAGUUGGUGGGAGAAAAAGUUAAAGGAGCUUCUGCCAGUGUCCAGACCAGAUGUACUAGCACUAAAGACUUGGAGACCCCUGAGAUGAAGCCAGCAGCUUCUUUUGAAGAUUCUAGCUGUUCCUAUACUACUAAGCAAACACAAACGCAGCCAAAAAAUUCACCAAAGUUGCUUCUGCCAAAGCCAAAAGUGGCUUUGGUUAAACUCCCUGUAAUGCAGCUUACUCAAUUGCCUAUCUUUGUAUCAGCACCAGACUCUUCUGUCAAACCCGUUGUAGUUGCCGUUGAUGACAAAGGCUCUGUUAUGAGUACUGUUCACUUAAUGCCUCUGCCAGUAGGAUUUAUGAUACCAGGACUGGAGGCUGAAACACUUGCAUUUAAAAGCACCUUGCCCCUUUCAAAAACCAAAAAUGCUGGCAGUGUUGAGCCAGUCAGCACAGGUAUCCAGGUCAAUUUGGGUAAAGGGGCAUCAGAUAAUACAAUCCAAGAUCUGGAAGCCAUAUGCUACAAGAACGGGAUUUGUUCAACAAAUGUGCAGACGGACUUAUCUUAUAUUUCACAGAACUUUGUGACAUCUGCAGCCUGGACUCCUGAUUCAUCGGUGUCCUCUUGUUCUCAAACAGACCUGACGUUCAGCUCUCAGGUUUUGUUGCCAAUUAAUGUGCAGACACAGACACUGUUACCCAGUUCAAAGUUGACUUCUUCCAUAGCUGCUCAGACAGAUGCACUUGCACAGGCUUGCUUUCAGUCAUGUGGAAUUUCUCGGGAGACUCAGACCAAUAGGUCACAGAAAGAUAUUGAUGGGAGAGUACAAAUGGACCAGGCUGUAAUGUGCAAUGACAUUUUUGACAGUGUUAGUUCAUCAUUCAGUGAUUCAACCACAGUGGGACUUCCAGGCAGCAACUUAAUGGCUGCAGGCCUGGGUCAAAGUCUGCUGCAAAGAGGAAGCUGCACAUCUUUGAGUCCAGACACUAAGUGUGAGCCAGUUAUCAGCUUCAGUGCACAAAAUAAUAUUCUCCCACAGCAGGUUAUGACAGACAAUCAGACCCAGACAAUGGAGUUACUGAACGAUCUUGAAACUAUUUUUUCGAAUAACACAGCGGGUCAGUCAUUGGAUAACCGUAGUCUUUUGACUGACACUAGCUCGCAUGCUGGCACACCCUUGCCUUCUGGCCCUACGCAGAAUGCAGGAAUUGAUUUUGACAUUGAGGAUUUCUUCACAGCCUCCAAUAUCCAGACACAGACAGAAGAGACCCAGCUGAACUCUGAGCCAGUCUUGGAGUUACUAGAUAUUGAAACCCAGACAGAUUUAUUUUCAGAUAAUGCCACCCAGUCCUAUAGCUGCAGGGGUAAUCCCAAUUUCUUAGGUUUGGAGAUGUUUGACACACAGACCCAGACAGACUUAAAUUUCUUUUUAGACAGCCCCUAUUUGCCUUUGGGGAGCAUCUUGAAACAGUCUACCUUCUCUAUGAGCACAGACUCAUCUGAUACAGAAACACAGACAGAAGUGCAUUUUCCUGCAAAAAAUUCCUCUAACCAAAUGGCAGAAAGCAAAGUCCAGCUGAAUAGUGCUGAAACACAGACCAUGGAUAGCUGCUUUGAAACCCUUGGCAGUUUAUUUCUUACUAGCAAUGAGACUCAGACUGCUAUGGAUGACUUUUUGUUGGCUGACUUGGCCUGGAAUACAAUGGAGUCACAGUUCAGUUCAGUCGAAACACAGACUUGUGCAGAAUUGUGUUCUCUGUUUCAGGGUCCUGAUAAAUCAAACCAUUGAGUGCUGUUCUCAAACUCUCUUUUCUUUGAGGAUUAAGUUAUGUGUGGGUAGGAGAAACUGACAUUCAAGUCACCUCCACUGAAUGUAAUUGACCACAUAUGGUUGGUUUACAAACUGUGUCCUACUAUAAGGUACUUUAACUGUUUUGUGUUUACUAAUAUGAAUCCCGUGUGCAUAUGUUCACUGCUGUGUGUUUGUGUAUGUUUGAACACUUCAUAACUGGUAGUAAUAUUGUGUCUGCCCUCUGCUAUGCUGAGUUACAUUUAAAAAAAAAAAACUUUUAAGUUCCAAACUCAUAGCUGUUAGUAAUACCUGUCCUCUGAUCUUGACUAUUAACGCAGCAGUCCUGUAUUUGGGAAGUCCACUAAACAGAUUGGAGUUCUUGAGUAAUCAAACAUGGAAUUGUGCUGUAGGUUGUUGUUGGUUUUUUUUUUUAAUGGACCAAAACCUAGUUUUCUUUAAAUUCUGGCUCAUUCCCCAAAUCCUGAAAAUGCAGCUCUUCUCUUUUUUUUAAUUGUUUUUGGAGUUCUUUGUUGCAAUUCAGCUCUACAGGGGUUACAUCAUGGUUGUGCCCAAGAAUUCCUAAAGAUUCACGCUUCCGCAUGUUGCUAUGACAUAGGCUAACAAUUUGGCAGGAAUGUGCCCUACAUACUUGCAGCAGCUUGUUGCUUGCUAGAAAACCAACCAAAGUACAGAACAAGUUCUCUCUCUCUCUCUCUCUGUCUCAUCUGGCUUCUAAUCCAUAUAAAUUUAGUAAGACUUCAUACUUGCGACUGUAGGUAGGUGGACAACUGAAUAUUGACAUCAUCAUACUAAGAAAAAUGUGCAGCAGUACACUUUGGAUUCUGUACAACUAAGCUAUACUCAGACUAGGAUUACUAAAAUUAAUCUAAUUUAGUCAUGUCCAUUAAUUUUGGUUGGUCUGCUCAGUGUAUGACUAAUACAACCCAACAUGUUUAACAUGGGUAAAUCCUUGUUGAUCAUGGAUUCAUUUUUCUUGAAACAAUGUUAGUAGCCUGUAAGACAUUUAGUUUCUGAACAGUCUUGCCAAGUUCUAGCAGACAGUUUGGAAUUAAGCUCAAUGGCUUGCAAAAAUCUAUAUUAAGCAAGGAAAAGAAAGGAAGGCACCAAUGCAGAAAUGUGAGAGGAUACUUCAAAUAUACACUUGGAUAUAUGUUAUUUAAUUCAGUGUAUUUUGUGUCAGCAACUCUUCAGAGCUGCUGGUUUUCAUUGCCUCUGAAAAGGGAUUAUUGACUAAAAUUUCCAAUUUACCUUUUUCUUUUUAAUCUGUCCUAAGAGCUUAUGUCAAACAAUCACUUUGGAAACAUAGCUGCAAGGCAAACUAUGAGAAAACAGUGAGUUCCUAUCUGCUCAGGACAAGAUUACUAGGAAGCUCUUCUACCAAGUGAUAAAGGAAAUUGUUCAUCAAAGUAGCAGAUGGCAUGUGUUCAACUACAGCUUUUACCUGCUGUUGGACAUAAAGUUCUGUUUGUGAUUGAAUUCUUUAAAUUCAUGUUGAGCCCUCAGCUCCUCCAAGAACAACUUAUCUUUCAAAGGGCAAAAAAACUUAGGGCUAGGAUGGAGGAUCUGUGGUCCUCCAGAUGUUCCUGGGCUACAACUGUUAUCAUCCCUGACAAUUGUCCCUACUGGCUGAGGCUGAUGGGAGUUGGGAGUUCAGCAGCAUCUGGAGAGCACCAUGUUCAGUGGUAGGGCCUGUUGUUGUCUUUGUAUAGUGCUGCUAAUGGUCUGUCAGCAUAGACCCAUCACUUCCACACUGAUUUUGUGUCUUACCUUCUAACGCUUACCCAACAUACUCUGUGCAAAGUCUAAAGUGUUAGCAACUGCUCAGUGUUAUCUGUUGAUGUUCUUCAGAAACUUCUAUUUCCGUUUUUUGUUUAUUGAAGAGGACAUCCUACACUGGAUAUUUGCAAUCUUCAUUAAUUGCAUGCAGGGUUUAUUUUUUCUCUCUCCAAGCAUUUAUUCCGCAGAAUUGAGCAUCUAUUUCCCACUGAGCCUUGGAUAAGCAUUUGGAAGAAGAACUCUCAACUGGGUCCUGUAUGUACAUAAGAUUUUGGUAUGCACCAGCUGAUUGCUUCAGCCAAAGAGUGGCAAACAGCUUCCAGGUUGAUGCAGGUUACACACUGUUCUUCAAUCAAUCUCUAGAUUGAUGCUGUUUAACAAGCGAUGAAGCUGAAAUGAUGCAGUUUGGUCAGAGUCCCAGGCAGCAGUGAAGUAAUGACAUCACUUAGGGUGCACUCUUUAUGUAUCAUGCAAGUUGUUUUGAUCUAAGGUCCAUUGCCAGUCAGGAGUGGUACUGUUAUUCCUCCAUGGUCACACGAAUUAUUUAUUAUUAUUUCUUAUUUGAUUUAUUACUUGCCCUUCCACCAUAAGAUCCCAGGUUGGUUCACAAGAAUUUAAAAUACAUUAAAAAGAUGGCACUCCAGAGAUUUAACUAUACUCUUGUUGGGAUGCAACUAAAAAGUCCCUUAUCCCUCUGAAGCUUAGUGCUCUCCUAGUGCUUCCAGUGCAAAGCUAGUGUCAUCCGGCUUGCUGUGGUAUACAGCUUGGUACUUGCAGUUCAGAAUGUAGUCGCCUAGGUGCACUUUUGAUUAAAGUGUCCACGGGCACCUUGAAGUGGGUUUGAAUUGUUGAUGUGUAUCUGUGGUCAGGGUGUUCAGGCACUAAUACGAGUAUGUAUAUUAAGCUUUUCCACAAACAAAACAGGCAGCUGUUCUGGGUUCCCCACACCUUAAACAAAGUACCACUAAUGCAGUGGAGAUCAUGUUGGUAUAUAAUCGCCUUCUUAAGUUGAUGUGAUUGUCUUUAUGCAGCUACUUAUAGAUGGGUACUGCCAGUGCCAAUAGUGCAGAUUGACCUUUGGGCUCUAUUCUGUUACUGGUAUCUUAUCCUACAUAGGGUGCUUAUGCAAUAGCUCGCCUUGAACUGCUGCUGUGACUAAAUCAAUCCAUGGAUUUCUGCUUGUGGGGGAAGAAAUGUUCCACACUCCUUGGACUCAUAGAAGAAGACUUAAAAGCCAUCCACAGCUCAGUGUACAAAACUACAGUAGCUUAUUUUCUCCUCCAGGAAUGGCAGAUCUCCUGCAUGCCCCACCUUUGGCUAUCUUCUUUCUUUAGUAGGAGAUUCCAAGAAUAUAUUUGCUAUAGAGAGAAAAUAUUGACUCAGCCUAGUCAUAUUUGCAGAAAAGACCUGGUUUCUGAACACCUUUCACGUUCCUGGCAUCCUUUUAAAGGAGAUUUUGAGCCUGUCUUCGAAAUGAAUCUUGUAACAUUUUGUUCUUUGUUUCUAUUGAUUGUUUCCCCCCACCAUUUCAUCAGAGUGAUUGAACCAGAAUGUUGCUCAGUUUGCAACUGUCUGCACACAAUCCUUGUAUUUGAUUAAUAUGAGUUAAUUAAAGGGAGUUUGGUGCAUAAGCUACAUCUUCUGCCUUUGGUUUUCCAAUUCCAUAGUAUUUUCUAGCAAUCGGGGUAACCUACCUGCUAAUGAGGGAGCAGUAAACAGAUUUGAAUUUUUAAAGAAUUGGUUUGUAUACAAGUGUUUAGCAUGAUUGUCAUGACCUAGACACAUGACACAUGACAGAUGCAUGACACAAUAGCUACAGGAAGGUAAGUUUCUGUCAGCAUGAACCAGCUGCCAUGAAUAGAGGUUGAUACCACAUAUCCUCCUUCUGAGCUGGAGAUUAUCCCUUGUUAGAUCUAAACCACCCAGCCCUCUGCAACCUAUCAAACUCAGCAUGUUGCAAAAGCAAACUAAGAAUGUUCAGCUUCUACAUACUAAUUUCUACUUCAUAGAAGGUGAAAGAUGCUAAUAUACAUACUGAUAUCUUAGUGUUUGACUAGCCCUGAUUGCUAUAGUACUAAGAAGUAAGAAAUGCCUUUCUCUCAAUCUGAUGGACGCUGAUAUAUACAGGCAUGAUCUUCCUUACAAUACAGCAUGCAUGGUGCAUAUAGUCAGCUGACAUUUACAUCAGCUCUAACUUGAGUCCUGUCUUCUAUAGGGAAACUCUCGUCCUUGAAAUUCUACACUUUUUCUUCAGUUAAGGGUUAAAAUUAACUUGAACUAAAAACCAACCAUAUUUGUUUUUUGGCAAUGAUAAUAAGUUACUACCUAUCUGAGGCAAGCAACAAGAAACUUUGGCAAGCUGUUCCAGGGUUUGGUUGCUUCCUUUUUCACGGCUGCUUCUAGAGGGCUUAGCUGUCUUUUUCGAGUGUCUGAAAACAGGGCCUAACACUCACUGUACUGGGUGAGUUGCUUAGUAUCAUUUUAGAAAGUAAAAUAACUCAUUCACAAUCACUGUACAGUAGCCUUUGCCAACCUGGUGCCUUCCACAUGUUCCCAUAAGCCCUAGCCAACACAGCCAGGUUGGCAAAGGCAGCGUUAGAGGUUACCUGUGGCAGUAGAUGCACCCAGGAUAUUUGCCUGUCAUUGUAGCUGGUUCGAGAUGGAUGAAAGAGUAAAAGAGGAUGAGCACGCAGGAAAUAGACAACCACCUCUUAAUUGUUUGCAAAGCUUAUAUUAACUGUUAAAGGAAAAUUCUUGAAUAUCAUUUUGCACCACGAAAUAGCACUAGUCUGGUUAAUGGAUAUUUCUAAACUUGAAAACAAAAAACAUGAAUUGCAGAGCUUAGCGUGAUGUCUUACUCUUGCUGGAUCAAAGUAUGGUAUUUCAUUUCAUUGUGCUUGCUAAUUUUCAAGAAAGAUUCUAGGUAUGCAUACAUACACACACAUGCUUCACCUCUGCAGAUUGAGAUGGCGUACACAGACACUGGAAAUGAAACUCUGUGAGCCUCUGCAUGCUUUUUGGGGUUUUGGAGGUUGGGGACUUGUUUCUGACUAAAUGUAGGAUUGCACUGUGAAUAAACUUGUUCUAGGCUGUGUAUGGGCUGCAGAUGGGAACACGUAUGCUUGAUUACACCUCAACCCCCCUGCAAUUUUUUUUUUAAUUCCCUAAUACCUAGUUUUCCAUAUAGAAAAUAAGAGGGAAUCCUUUUGUAUGGAGGAGCAUUCAAUAAUGUGAGCCCCCACCUGCAGCCUAAGCAUGGGUAUACCAUGUCAGAAGCAAUACUGGGUCAUUGAACAAUACCAGUGAACUAAGGGGUUUUGUCCACUGCAAGUUGCCUGAAAUGUGAAAAUGAGUCAAUACACCCAGUUUAUCUAUUAAAGGGACAAGGGUUGUAUCAGAACCUUGGCAUGUAGAUGAAACAUCUGAAUGACACCAUAUUAAAUUCCAGCAUCGAUCAUGUAUACCAUUGAACAUUUUCUGUAUCCAAUUCUUGCACUUUAUGGAGCUUUUGCAAGGAAACAAUACAGUGCUGCUGUUCCUAGCCUCAAGAGAAUGACUUUCAUUUCAUCACUGAGGGGAUAGGGAGCAGAUGGGCUGGAGGAAUCCUGAAUAAAAAUGAAACUGGCCUGCUACCUUGAAGAGGAGGUUGUCAUAUGAUUACAGUUUUAAUAUCUGGCUGGAUAUGGGUAAGUGAAAGAAAACCUCAGUCUUGUUUGCAGCUGCAAUUUUCACUACACCCUCCUUUCUGCCAUGUUUAGGGACAGAGUAGUCCUUUUUUUCUAGGUGUUUUCCCCCUCUCAUUUGUGCCCACUUUGUUAAAGAUCAAAUUUAUCUACCACAGUUAAAUCUGUUAUUCUUUAUGGAGCCACAAGCCUCCUUUUUCUCCUCCAAUGCAUACGUAUUCUCUUCAGGCAGCUAAUCAAGAUGAAAUGCCAAAGAGCACAUUAAUCUUACACGUGCAUGCAAUGACAAUUUAGACCAACAUGCAAGUGCACAGUUUCCUCUGCUUUCAGACAGUAAAAUGGUAGAACUGACUCUUCUCUGUCCAUUAGGUGUUUGCACACACAACUGCAUGCAUAGAAUUGCAAAUACUGUGAGCUUUAAAUAAAUGAACUCUUUGUCUUGAAUAAAACUGUUCAGGUUAAGGGCCUACCUGUAUAUAUAAUGAAACACAUUUAUGUCACAAAGAUGAACAAAUAAAUGUCUUUCUGCCUUAACUC